CCGCUAACACGACCGUGCUAACUCUCAUGUUUAAUAUAAAAGGCAAAUGCAAGCCCACGCUGAUCACAAAAGAGAAAGACGAGGGCGAGAUCAGAGAGCGCAAAACAAGAGGGCAAACCAGAAGAAUCAGCUUCACUCAGAGAAAAUGUCACUGGGGGCAGAAGGUGACCCGAGCUCCGGCAGCAUGGCAGCCAGAAGAGCCGCAGGUUCGACCCCAUGCGGUCCGGGGGGGUCUGAGACGGUCCCCCUCCUAAUAUCAGGCAUCGCGUCGAAUUCUCGGCUUCACUUGGCACCCAUGAAUAAAAAGGAGCUGUUGUCGGUGGUCGGGAGCCCUGGAUGGCGGAAGCUGCACGCCCUUCUCGGGUCGCUCUUCUGGGUCGGCUGGUUGGCCACGGUGGGCGUGGCCAUUGUCGUCAUCGCACAGAGCCCCAACCCUGCGGCGCCACGUCUACGCUGGUGGCAGAAGGCGCCCUUCUGCCGGCUACAGGCAGCCCUGUUCUUAGACUCUGGGCAUACGGGCGCGAGGGCGAUUAACGAGGUGCGUGACCGCCUGCCGUACCUGCGCAACCUGGGAGUGGGGGCCCUCAUACUCGAAGGCCUCUUUCCCAGGGGGCUCCCUGCUCCUGCCAUCACGAAGCUGAACGAGUCCCUGGGCACACUUCUCCAGUUCCAGCAACUGCUUGCCGAGGGCCAUAAAACAGAUAUGAGAAUCUUGUUGGACCUCUGUGAUUUGGACUUUAGAGAUUCAAGCACCCUCAACUCAAGUGACCAGACAGAAGAGAGCACAAACCCAGUACUGCCUGGCCUGCGGUUUUGGUUGGAACAAGGCGUUGGAGGAUUCAGCAUAUGCGACACAGAUGCGGCUUAUUCAGUGCAUACGCUGUUGGUGUGGAGAGAUCUCAUGCGGAACUUAAGUCAAGAGGAAAAUGAGAGGAUUCUGGUGGUGAGCAAGGCAGAGGAGACCGGACCACGGCGCAACGUGUCUGACCCCGUGGGCAACCAUUCACUGGUGGACAUGAUCACAAGAGCCUUCCUUCCCUGGUCGCCUCGGCCGCUAUCCGCGCAGGAUGUCGCGGUUGCCAUGGAGACACACCUGCUAAGACCCCAGCGAGAAUGGCCCAGCUGGACGGUCGGGGGGGUGCUGCCUGGAGAGCUGCAGAAUAUUCUCAUGGUGCUUCUGAUGACGCUGCCUGGGACUCCGGUGAUCAGCUAUGGGAUCGACAUCAGCCCGUCGCAGGUCCGCAGGAGACCUGGACACUCAGACUCAGCACUCUUUCGCUCCCUCAGCCAGUUACGCUCCAGAGAGGAGGCUCUUAUUCUUGGGAAGCUCACCUUCCUCUCCCUCAGUAACUCAUCCCAAACCAUCCCCGGCUCUGCCCUUCCCCCAUCGCCCCCCACCCUGGCUUUCCUGUGCUCAUGGAGCUGCACACGCAUCUUGGUGCUGCUCAACCUGAGUCCAGACAUCCAGCGCCUGGACCCCAGAGGGGUCCGCAGCCUCCCCGCCGCCGGAGUUUUCCUACUCAGCACGGGACCGGGUCGCCUGGGCUCCUGUGUCCUAGAAACACUCCAGCUUCAACCUUGGGAGGCAGUGGUAAUUAAAUUUUAGCUUGGAUGCUUCACCUAAACUGCAUUAUUCCUUGAAGAAGCAAAGUUACCCGAGCCUUAAAAUUUAAAGCUGCGUAUGUUUUGCUAAACGUUUGGUUCCUCAAAUGACCACAAGGGGGCAGCACUUACCUAUGAGAUGUUGGUCAAGAGUCGUUGAUUUGUGCCACUGUGCGAUGAGGGUGACAAAAGCAGAUUUGCGGCGUGAUUACAUCCAGUCACAUAUUUAUAAGAUACGCUGACUGAUGACACAUAACUUCAAAAUGGAUAUAACAUCAUCCCAGCUAAAUGCAUUGGGGUGCUGUGUGGUUCAGCUGGCUAGGAUGCUGUUGCUGUGAUUAAGUGGUUAUUGGUUCAGAUCCCAGGGUCAGCAGACUGAUUGUACCGUUGGGCCCUUGAGCCAGGCCCUUGGCUGACUCAUUGUUCUCAAAAAUGUACAUCACUUUGGAUAUAAGUGUUCACUAUACUAAGUAAAUGUAAAAAGCAAAUGUGUUAGACAUUGUACCUGAGGUAUUGGGGGGUGGGAUCAUGCAGACCGACACAUAAAUUACUGAAAACUCUGGUCCCUAAAACUGUGUGUUAUCAGCUGCUUAUUGCUUGCUGUGUAAGUGGGACAUUUAUUGAUGCAUAUUUAUGUCAUUUUUGGUAUUAAUUCAGCGCACGCAUAUAUUUUGUCUUCAAAAUAUAACUUCAGAGAGCCA